AGAGAGUCGAGCAACAGUCCGAAAACUAGUUUGGUGCUGCAUGACUACUUGUGUCGGCUGUCAUGGAGUCAGUGAAGAAAAAUCACCGCUCUCUGUCAGUAAUAUGCUGUGUCUUUGUGUUGUGUGUUCAGCUGCAGCUCUGUUUGACGGGAGACUGCCCUGCAGACGGACGCACCUGGGUGCCAUUUGGAGAUGGGUGUUACCACUUUGUCCAUGGAGAGGAAGACAAAAUCAAAAGCUACACUUUUGAGAGAGCAAAAACUCUCUGCCAAGGAUUCGAGCUUUUGACCAUCCAGAGCGCCGAGGAGAAUGACUUCGUCGUUAAAUAUAGCCCAGAGGUUUGGAAAAACAAUGUCAACGUGUGGCUGGGAAUGUAUUAUGAUACAAACAGUGACAACAUGAAGUGGUUCGAUGAGAAACCUGUAAGAUUCACUAACUGGGAGGACAGCCCCUCUCCAGCAGACCUGGUGCCCUUGGAUACAUGUGUGACUUUGCACAGCAACACAGGAAAGUGGGAAAAUGUGAGCUGCCUGGAGCAGGCGGAGAAUGGAGUGGUCUGUGAGACAAAUCAGAAGGCAGAGGAAGCCAAGCCGAAACCCAGCGCGCUGCUGUCCGCCCUGGUCAUUCUCAGUGUGGUGGCUAUCAUGGGAGUCUCAGCAGUUAUUUGGUUCCUGCACCAGAAGCACAAUCUUGGCUCCGGUAUCCUCACGGCUUUCGAGUACCACCCUCCGUUCCGAGUCCUGGACACAGACCGGUCCUGCCUGGUGGAGGCUGAAGAGACCGACAGUGUGCCGUAGGAGAACUUCCUCACUCUGCCACAACAUGGAGCGCCUCUUCACUGGGUGUGUGUUCAUGCAUUAAGAAGUCCACUCUAAACAAAAACAGUUACUGAAGUAGUUUUGGGUUAACACAUUUCAAUGUCAUGGCACAGAAUAAUGUAGUGUGAUUGUGAGAAGACUGACACCAAGCUUAUUAUAAUGCUAUUUUCUCAUGUGGCACAUAAACAUCGCACUACUUUUGCUUUUUUGUCAUCUGCGCUAACGAAAAAUCAUCUGUACAUUUUUCAGAUUGGUGCAUCAGCAACUGCAGCAGCCUGGUCUAUGUCGUGUAAAAUUAUUAUAAUCAGGCACAACACAUUUCUAUUGGGAUAAUUAUUUCUCUCUUGCAUAUAAAAAGUAACUUGCUAUUGCUCGUUGAAAGAGGGAGAGAUUAAAUAAAGAGCAAAGCUUUUAAACUUUUUUUUGUGAGCAGACAGAAAUGAUCAGCGAUUUAGUAUUGCAUGGCCAUAAUCUUUUGGGACCAACAAGAGGGAGCUUGAGAUAUAAAUGGUCACUUGAUGCAGCAGAGACAGACUCCCUGACGUUUAGUCCCGUGUAUGUAUCAAGCUUCAAAAAUGCUGGAUAUUUCACAUAAUGCAACAAACUACGUUUCCGUUUGACCCUCCCUGCCUGGUGAAUGUUAAUGACUUUCAAACUAGUGGAGUGUCCUUUACAAGCAGUAUUAAAAUAAACAGGAAUACUCUGUCACAGGCUAUCAAGGGUCCAUGUGAAUAGCCUGAACAGAACAAAAACCCAGCUAGUAAUUGCCAUUUUGACUUUCCAACACUUCGUCUAAUACCUGAACAUGAGUAUUGACUGAAAGCGAGUACUGAUCUGAUAACAUGGCGCUAAAAUAAUAAAUAAAAGCCUUAUUGUGUUAAUCCUGUAAGGAUGUGAAAUAAUUGCUAUCCCUUUGUAAAACAAGAACAAUGCCAUAGAACUUUUAUCAUAUUAUUUUUAUAAUUUGAUAUUUUGCUCGCAGCUAAUGUUACGCUAUUUACCAGAAAUGAACUAUUCUUGGCCGCUCUAAAACAGUAGUAGCUAGUGGCUGCACAGCCAUGGUCGGUAAAAGAAAUAAUGGACAUAGCUACCGUGAUGUCACCAUGGGUUUGUGCACUACUAAUUUGAAAACUCAAGUUUUGGCAUUUCGGCUAUCUUGGUUUUCUGGAGCAAGAAGUGACCAUAUUUUAGACUGGAGCUGUGGAGGAGUGAGGGGUAGAUCUGACUCACAGACUGUAGUUAUGCCUUGCAGACAGCCUGUCUCUCACAGGACUCAAGGACUCUGCCCUUAAAUAUGUGUGACUUUGGGCCUUAAUGAAAUGUAAAGAGGUGAGAUACAAAAAAACAUGUAGCCUCCGUACAGUUGUCAUGAAUGUUGAAAUUAGGUAUAGAGGCCAAAACUAUUUUUUUAUACCAGGCCAUAACCAUGUAUAUUUCUACUGUAAUGUUGGGCAUUUUAUAGGGAUUGACACUGUUUUGGAGCCAGCCUCAAGUGGCCAUUAGAGAAACUGCAGGUUUUGGGUCUGGCUUAAUAUUUCAGCCUUGGAGGUUGCAGCUUGUGCACAGCACAAUUUGCUGUGUAGAUUACUGUUUUAGAGUGAAAAAAAAAUAUACAGGAAGACUGUAAUUUCAUCUACUUUAAAAUUUACUGGUAAACAACGAAGUAUCAGAUCAGUGCAAAGACCAGCAUACUCAGCAAUACCAAAUCAAGCAGUUUAGGCAGUAUGAGUAUUCCAAUUCCAGUAUCGCUAUCGGAACAACUCUAAUGUAAACCACUGAGAUAGAUUUGCACAGUCAGUGAAGCAGUUUCUGUUCCAGAUAAAUGUCACUUUGAAAAGAAAAGCCAUCCCUAAAGCAAAACUGUCAAAGUCCUUAUGAAGUUCCUUGCAUUUUGUCCUUGGCUUCAGUUUUAAUGGUGACAAGGUUAGAGACUUACCAAAUAUAGCCAGUAAAGCCAGGUUUUGUUAAAAAAUAAUUACACUGAUGAAAUCGAUUUUAUUCAUUCCAUAAUAUAUUUAGGUGGCUUUAAUAAAAAAUAAUCUACAUUCACAGUUCUUCAAUCCUUUAUAUGCUGUUUAUCUGGCCAAAACAUGCAAUGUGUAUUUUUGUGUUUCCUUUCAGCCCUGUGAAAUCAAAUCUUAGUAUUAUCUUAGCUUUAUUUUUAGGAUUAGUCAUGAUUUGGUGUUGGAAAUAAUGAAUCCUUCUGUAACAUUAAAAGACAAUCAGUAUUUGGCUGUGUGAUGGGUAUCCUGCAGGAUGAUGACGAGACUUAAUAAUAUUGUGUAAAAUACCCCUCUUAAUACUGUUGUACACUUUAACAGCAUGAAUGCUUUUGUGCAAUAUUUGAGAUUUUGCAGGAACCGAGCCGCUUCUGAGUUUUUCGAAAUAAAGUGUUUGACAAUAAAAA